CACAAAAUCAGUUAUAAUUCAAGAUUUGGUGUAUUAAUUUAAAAUGUGGUACCGUAACAUUGUUAUCAUCGUUCUUUUUAUAUUUAUUUAAAAUUAUAUAAAAAAACAAAAAAAUUAUAAAAUCAAAAUUAUUACCCAAAAAAAAAACAAAAAGAAAAACAAAUGGAGUUAAAAGUUAUGGAUUCGUUUCAUGGGUGUUUUUCAUUUUAACCCCAAAAACAUUUCAUCCAAAGAUUCAUAUAAAACCAGACUUCACUCAAACCCAUUCGGGUUAACCCAAAACCCAUUUCGAUUUCGAAGAAAAAACUACAAUUACAAGUAUCGGGUUGUAAGAAAUCAAUGACAGUUCUAGGGUUUGAGUUUUGACUGAUGAAAAAUUGCAAGAAAGAAAGUUGGUGUGUGUGAAAACUGCACCUCACACAUACUUGUAGGUGAGAGAGAAACAGGACCUCAGUGUUGAAAUCGUCUGAUUUCAUACGAUAACUGCGGGGGGAUUCUUCGCCGUCGUCUUCAAGAUCCAUCCCGCUAGUGGCCCACACAAUUUGAUUUGAAGACAAUUAAACCCCCAUUUCUGAAUUCCUGCAAACUUAUCGGUGGUUUUUGGUUUAAUUUGGGAAAGGGGGAAAAGGGGAUUUUUUGAUUUUUAUACACAGAAAGUGGGUAGAGAGAGAAAAUUGUAGAAGGGGGGGAUCGUAAGGAUAGCGGUUGAAUUUUUGGAGGGAUAUGGAUUUGUAGAGAGGAAUUCAAUUUUGGAAUUUUGUUACUUGGAAAAAAAGAAAAUUAUAAUUUUUUUGCAUGCAAUCCGGUGGCGGGGUCCAGCACGGAGGAGGAGGAGGUGGUGGUGGGCAUGGGCGGAAUAUGGUGCCCGGACCACCGUCCUCCUCCGCAUCUCCGUCAUCUUCAUCAUCGGCUGUUUCUACUCCUCAGUUGGGUUUUGAUCCAAUGCAGCAACAGCAGCAGCAGCAUAGGCAGUCAUUGCAACAACAAUUACUUCGAAACCCCGAAGGGAGAGAAGCUAUGCUAGCCUAUCAGUCGGGAAAUCUGCAAGGAGUCUUGGGAGGAGGCGUCGGCAUGAAUCCUAGUUCUAUGCAGCAGUUGCAGCGUGUUGCUCAGCAGCAUGGCCGAGAGGAGGGGCAAAAUCGCAAUCAGGGUUUUGAUCCACACAUGAUGAACCCUGUCCAUCAGGCUUACGUUCAAUACGCUUUUCAAAACCAACAGAAAACAGCUCUCGGAAUGCAAGCCGCUCAGCAGCAAAUGAGAAUGGGGGCAGUGGGGGCGUCAGCUAAAGAUCAAGACCCGCGAAUGGGGAACACGAAAAUGCAGGAUCUUGUCUCGUUUCAGGCUGGUGGUGGGCAGGGACAGAGUUCGUUGUCCAAGAAACUGGCGGAGGAAGGGCACCAAGCGGUUUCUGAUCAAAGUCAAAGUCAAAACCAGAAACAUUUUGCCAUGCCGACUUCAAUCGGCCAGUUGAUGCAGGGUAAUAAUAAUACUACUAGGCCUAUGCAGGCUCCUCAAGCUCCGCAGAGUAUGACAAUGGCUGCUCAACUGCAAGCAAUGCAGGCUUUGGCUCUUGAACGUAACAUCGAUCUAUCGCUUCCUCAAAACGCUAAUUUAGUGGCCCAAUUGAUUCCACUCAUGCAGGCUAGAAUGCAAAAGGCAAACGAAAGCGGAAUGGGCCCACAAUCUAUGGCGGGGUCCAUGGCAAAGCAACAGGUGGCUCCGCCACACGUCGCUAAUGAAAGCUCGCCAAGAGGAAAUUCAUCAAGUGAUAUGUCUGGGCACUCGGGCUCCACCAAAACACGACAUAACAUGCUAACGGGCCAUCUUGGUUCAACGUCAAAUUCUUUACUAGUCAACAACUCUAGUACCGGUCAAAGUCACGGUCAACAGCUUUCGAAUCAUGGCAGGGAGAACCAACUGCCGCCUAGGCAGCCCAUGGCGGUCGGUGGUGGGGUGUCUUCCAUGCAUCCUCCACAGUCAUCCAUGAACAUGAAUCAGGGUUCUGACCAUUCAGCGCUUGCUAAAAGCGCCUUAUCGAGCCCCGAAACACUGCAAAUGCAACAUGCUAGGCAGCAGAUCAAUCGUUCAUCUCCACAACCACAACCAGCGGCUUCGUCUGACAAUGCUGGAUCUGCAAACCCGUUACCGUUACCGUCUCAAAAGGGGCAAGCACCACGGGGGCAAGUACAUUCGAACUUUACGAAACAGCAACUGCACGUUCUUAAAGCACAAAUACUUGCUUUUAGGCGUAUAAAGAAAGGAGAUAAAACUCUACCGAAUGAACUACUCCAAGCUAUUGCCCCACCGCCCCUCGAAACACACACACAACAGUCGACUACUUCUGCGGGGGCAGUUAAUCAGGAUAGAGCUUCUUUGAAAAGUCAACCGGAUGAUAAUAUUAGACAUCUAGAAUCAAAUGAAAAGGAUCUUCAAGCCGCAACAUUAACGGGUGGAAUGAAUACUAUAAAAAGGGAAGCUUUCGAGGAGAAAACAACGGUUAAUGCACAAGGUACAACAUCUUUACUGAAGGAAGCACCACCCGUUGUUCUUCCCGCUAAACAAGAACAAGAAGUUGAACACGGCAUUCAGAAGAUUCCUCAUGUAAGUGAUACCACCAUGGAUAAGGGCAAAUCGAUCGCAUCAGAUUCUGCGGUUGUCUCCGAGAAUGUUCAGGGUAAAAGACCUUUACAAGUGGGAAAUCCACCUCAACAACCAAAAGAUUCGGGUCCUAAAAAGUACCAUGGACCAUUGUUUGACUUUCCGUUCUUCACUCGAAAGCAUGAUGGUUUCGGGUCAAGCAUGAUGCUCAACAACAAUAACAAUCUCACUUUGGCGUAUGACCUUAAAGAUCUCAUUGCUGAAGAGGGUAUCAAAGAGAGAAACAAAAAGAGGAACGAAACUAUUGAAAAGAUUAGUGGUUUACUAGCGGUUAAUUUGGAGAGAAGAAGAAUAAGGCCGGAUCUUGUUCUGAGGUUACAAAUUGAAGAAAAAAAACUUCGACUUCAGGAUCUACAGAAACGAGUGAGGGAUGAAGUCGAUCAACAACAACACGAGAUAAUGACGAUGCCGGAUAGGCCAUAUCGGAAAUUUGUUAGGUUAUGUGAACGUCAGCGAAUGGAGCUCAACCGGCAAGUACAGGCUGCUCAGAGAGCUAUUAGGGAGAAGCAACUGAAAUCGAUUUUUCAGUGGCGUAAAAAGUUUCUCGAGUCUCAUUGGGCGGUUCGUGAUGCAAGGACUCAACGGAAUAGGGGGGUUGCUAAAUAUCAUGAGAAGAUGUUGAGGGAGUUCUCGAAGAAAAAAGACGAUGAUCGUAGUAAAAGAAUGGAGGCUUUGAAAAAUAAUGAUGUGGAGAGAUAUAGAGAGAUUCUGCUAGAGCAACAAACCAGCAUGCCGGGUGAGGCUGCUGAGAGAUACGAAGUGCUUUCUUCGUUUUUAUCUCAGACGGAAGAUUAUCUUAAUAAACUUGGAAGCAAAAUAACCGCUGCUAAGAACCACCAGGAGGUAGAGGAGGCGGCAAAUGCUGCUUCUGCUGCUGCAAGAGCUCAGGGUCUAUCGGAAGAAGAAGUGAGAGCUGCAGCCUCUUGUGCCGGAGAAGAAGUUAUGAUAAGAAAUCGUUUCUCUGAAAUGAAUGCACCUCAGGAUGGUUCAUCGGUUAGCAAGUAUUAUACUCUUGCGCAUGCUGUGAAUGAACGGGUCAUAAGGCAACCCUCAAUGUUACGGUGUGGAACUUUGCGAGAUUAUCAGCUUGUUGGGUUGCAAUGGAUGCUUUCAUUAUACAACAAUAAAUUGAACGGAAUAUUGGCAGAUGAAAUGGGUCUUGGCAAAACUGUGCAGGUUAUGGCAUUGAUUGCUUAUCUGAUGGAGUUCAAAAGCAAUUACGGCCCACAUCUUAUCAUUGUUCCUAAUGCCGUUCUAGUGAAUUGGAAGAGUGAGUUACAUAGUUGGUUGCCGAAUGUGUCCUGCAUUUACUAUGUCGGUAACAAGGAUCAACGAACAAAAUUGUUCUCUCAAGAAGUUUGUGCCAUGAAAUUUAAUGUCCUCGUGACAACGUAUGAAUUCAUCAUGUAUGAUCGUGGGAAACUUUCAAGGGUCGAUUGGAAGUAUAUUAUUAUCGAUGAAGCACAAAGAAUGAAGGACCGAGAGUCGGUUUUAGCUCGUGAUCUUGAUAAAUACCGCUGCCAAAGACGGCUUCUCCUCACCGGGACCCCCUUACAGAACGAUCUUAAAGAACUUUGGUCAUUAUUGAACUUACUACUUCCGGAAGUUUUUGAUAAUCGAAAAGCUUUUCACGAUUGGUUCUCAAAGCCGUUUCAAAAAGAAGUUCAGAGCGCCGAGGAUGAUUGGCUAGAGACCGAGAAAAAGGUUAUUAUUAUUCACCGACUUCAUCAAAUCUUAGAGCCUUUCAUGCUCAGACGUCGUGUAGAAGACGUCGAAGGUUCACUUCCUCCAAAGAUUUCAGUCAUUAUGCGGUGUAAAAUGUCGGCUAUUCAAGGGGCUGUGUAUGAUUGGAUCAAAUCUACGGGUACUAUUCGAGUUGAUCCUGAAGACGAGAAACGUAGAGCUCAAAAGAGUUCUAUGUAUCAAGCAAAGACGUAUAAACCGUUAAAUAACCGGUGUAUGGAGCUUCGGAAAGCUUGCAAUCAUCCGUUGCUCAAUUACCCGUAUUUUAACGAUUUCUCCAAAGAUUUUCUCGUUCGAUCGUGUGGGAAAUUAUGGAUUCUUGAUCGGAUUUUGGUAAAGCUUCAAAGAACCGGGCAUCGAGUUCUGCUUUUCAGCACGAUGACGAAACUUUUAGAUAUUUUGGAGGAAUAUUUGCAGUGGCGGAGACUCGUGUACCGAAGAAUCGAUGGUACGACGAGUUUGGAAGAUCGGGAAUCGGCAAUUGUGGACUUCAAUAGCCCUGAUACGAAUUGCUUCAUCUUCUUGCUUAGUAUUCGUGCAGCCGGGCGUGGUCUAAAUCUUCAGACGGCCGAUACGGUUAUAAUUUACGAUCCCGAUCCGAACCCGAAAAACGAAGAGCAGGCGGUCGCGAGAGCUCACCGAAUUGGGCAAACGAGGGAAGUGAAAGUCAUUUAUAUGGAAGCAGUGGUCGAUAAAGUUUCGAGUCAUCAGAAAGAGGAUAACUUCAAGAAUGGAGGGUCGGUUGAUUCGGAUGAUGAUCUUGCCGGAAAAGAUCGGUAUAUCGGAUCGAUCGAGAGCCUAAUAAGAAACAACAUCCAACAGUAUAAGAUUGAUAUGGCUGAUGAAGUUAUAAAUGCCGGGAGGUUUGAUCAGAGAACGACGCACGAAGAGAGACGUUCAACUUUGGAGACAUUGUUACGGGAUGAAGAACGGUAUCAAGAAACGGUUCACGAUGUUCCUUCGCUUCAAGAAGUCAACCGUAUGAUUGCGAGAAGCGAGGAAGAAGUUGAGCUUUUCGAUCAAAUGGAUGAAGAGUUCGAUUGGGCCGAGGAAAUGACACGAUACGACGAGGUUCCGAAGUGGCUUCGUGCCGGUACUCGUGAGGUCAAUACUGUAAUUUCCCGUUUGUCUAAAAAACCGCCGAAGAACAUGUUAUAUACGGAAAACAUCGAUGUGGAAUCGAGCGAAGUGGCUUUGGAUGGUACCGAGAAAAGAAGGGGACGAUAUAAAGGUAAGAAGUUUCCGAAUUAUGCCGAAUUGGAUGAAGAUAUCGAGGAGUUUUCGGAAGCUAGCUCCGAAGAAGAAGUUGGAGAGCUUGAAGACGAUGAAACCGUUGACGCUAACGAAACUCCAGCAACCGUGAAAAGCCAAUCGGAAGACGAUGUUCUGGCUUCCGUUAAUCGUUACGAAUAUCCUCGCCCACCUAAUGCUAUCAAGCUUCAAGAAGACGGUUCUUCGGGAUCGUCUUCCGAUAGUCGAAGAUUGAUGCCGAUCGCAACUCCUUCGAUUUCUUCUCAGAAGUUCGGUUCACUUUCUGCAUUGGACGCAAGGCCCGGUUCUCAUUCGAAAAGGCUGCAUGAUGAUCUAGAGGAGGGCGAGAUUGCAUUUUCCGGAGAUUCUCAUAUGGAACUUCAGCAAUCUGGUAGUGGAAACCACGAUCGUGAUGAAGGUGAAGAUGAACAAGUUUUGCAACCGAAAAUAAAGCGGAAACGUAGCAUUCGGCUUCGGCCACGGCAGGCUGUUGAGCGGUUAGAAGAAAAGCCGACUCUUCUUCGUGGUGAUACUUCUCAGUUACCCUUCCAAAUGGACCGUAAACUACAUGUGAAAACCGAAAUUGAGCAAAAACCGGUGGUUGAUCACACCGAACCUUCCAUGAAGACCAAGCGAACUCCGCCUACUCGAAAAAACGCAAAUAAGGCGAACGUUCAUGUUGCGGUGAGACCAACUAGAGGAAAUUCCCUUUCUGCCCCUUCGAAAGAUGCUGCCGAGCAUCCGAAAGAAAGUUUGGAUGCUAAAGUCGGACCUUCGAUUGGUGGGACCAAGAUGUCCGAUGCUAUCCAAAGACGGUGCAAAAACGUAAUAACCAAGAUUCAACGGAGAAUCGACAAGGAAGGCCAACAAAUCAUUCCGCUGCUAACGGAUUUAUGGAAGAGACCCGAAAGUAGUCUUCUUGAUCUACGCAAGAUCGAACUCCGUGUCGAUCGACUCGAGUACCAUGCGGUUCCGGAAUUGAUCUCUGAUGUGCAGCUUAUGUUGAAAGGCGGAAUGCAGUAUUUCGGAUUUUCACAUGAGGUGAGAUCCGAGGCAAGAAAAGUGCACGACUUGUUUUUCGAUAUAUUGAAGAUUGCGUUUCCCGAUACAGACUUCCGAGAGGCCAGAAGUGCGCUCACUUUCUCCGGCUCCAUAGCCGCAUCGGCUUCAUCUCCUAGAGGCGUACCGCCUUUCGGUCAACCCAAGCGACAGAAGCAGGUGCUCGAGGUCGAGCCCCAACCGAGCCCUUCCCCACGGUCGCACCCUCGUGGGUCCGGACCCAUGGCUCAGAGAGAAACCAGGUUCGGGAAUAGCAGCACCCGAGACUCGGCCGACCCUCAAGAUGAACCCAGACCUUUCACCCAUCCCGGUGAGCUCGUAAUCUGCAAGAAGAAAAGGAAAGAUAGGGAGAAAUCAUCAAUGGUGAAAUCGGUUUCUCCUACCGGCAUCGGUCGGGAAAUGAGGAGCCCGGGUCAAACCCGAUUGAGUCAAAGUCAACAGGGAUGGCAGUCUCCGUCUCAGCCACAAGGAAGCGGGAUUGGUUGGGCUAACCCGGUUAAGCGGAUGAGGACCGAUGCCGGAAAAAGGCGACCGAGCCACCUGUGACAAUUUCAGGUUCGGGUCCGGGUCAACACUUGUAACUUAUCAUUGUCUGUCGGUCGGUCGGUUUGUUGAUCUGUUAGUACUAGUGUCGAUGCAGAACGUACAAGGGCCCGAAGCUUAGUGUCGAUAUGUAAACAUAAUUAAAAUCCCUCUUUUUGGAAAGAGAUUUCCAUUUAUAUUGAAUGUUAUCUAUCUAUAUGCCCAUAUUCUUGGG